GUCUGGAUAAAUGGGCUGAAAGAUAGUGACAUCAUCCCCGCUGAACAUCGUGCAGACUUCAUCACACAGGUCUUCUGGAACAUCCACGAAAUCAUCACAGUAAAUACCCGCCUUCGAGACGCACUCAACAAGCAACAAAAGUCGUACACUGUCGUGGAGCACAUCGGGGACAUCCUUCUGGAUUCUGUGCUGCAUUUCGCACCCUUCGUAAGCUAUGGUGCUCACCAACUGUAUGGCAAGUAUGAGUUCGAAAAAGAGAAGAGCUCCAAUCCGGUGUUCGCACAGUUUGUGGAAAACACGGAAAAAUUGCCAGAAUCGCGCAAGCUUGAGCUCAAUGGAUAUUUGACAAAGCCAACCACACGAUUAGCUCGAUAUCCGUAUCUGCACUCGUCUGUGCUU